AAAGGGGGCCGGCCCUCGGUGACAGGCCGGGUUGAGGCGAGGCGAGGCGGGCGCGAGGGCGGCAGGCUAGCUCGCAUGAUGGCGGGCGUCUGUCGGCCGCUCCGAGGUCUCUUGUGGUGGCGGCGGCCGUUGCAGUCGCCGCUAGCGGACGGGCUUCCGCGUCGCCGCUGAAGGGGAAAGAAGGAGCUCGGCCUCCGCGCGGAUGGGGAGCGGCGGUUGCGAAAGAGGGCGGCGGCCUCCUCCUCUUCCUCCUCAGCAACAGCAGCAGCAGCGCCGGUCUUUCUGACGGGGCGUCUUUUCUUCUCGGGUCGGGCAGGAAAAAGAAGCUCGCCGCCGCCGCCGUCUCAGGCUUGGGAGCCGGCCGUCCCGCCCGCCGGACGAGGGGAUGUUGCGCUGGAUCCGGCAGCAGCUGGGUUUUGACCCACCACAUCAGAGUGAUAAUCGAACUAUUUAUAUUGCAAAUCGUUUUCCCCAGCAUGGCCAUUAUGUUCCUCAGAAGUUUGCAGAAAACAGAAUAAUCUCUUCUAAGUACACUGUGUGGAAUUUUGUGCCCAAAAAUCUAUUUGAACAGUUCAGAAGAGUAGCCAAUUUUUAUUUUCUUAUAAUAUUUUUGGUUCAGCUUAUGAUAGAUACUCCUACUAGUCCAAUUACUAGUGGAUUGCCAUUGUUUUUUGUUAUAACUGUGACAGCCAUAAAGCAGGGUUAUGAAGAUUGGCUACGGCACAAAGCAGACAAUGAAGUGAAUGGAGCUCCAGUGUAUGUUGUUCGUAGUGGUGGCCUUGUAAAAACAAGAUCAAAGAACAUCCGGGUAGGAGAUAUUGUGAGAGUAGCCAAAGAUGAAACUUUCCCUGCUGAUCUCGUACUUCUGUCCUCUGAUAGAGAACAUGGCUGUUGCUAUGUUACGACUGCAAGUUUGGAUGGAGAAACUAAUCUUAAGACACACAUUGCAGUCCCAGAAACUGCUGUGUUGCAGUCAGUUGCCAAUCUGGACAAACUUGUAGCUGUUAUUGAAUGCCAGCAACCAGAAGCAGAUCUUUACAGAUUUGUUGGGCGAAUAACCAUAAGUCAUCAAAUUGAGGAAAUAGUACGACCACUGGGGCCCGAAAGUCUUCUACUUCGUGGAGCCAGGUUGAAAAACACUAAAGAAAUUUUUGGUGUUGCUGUGUAUACAGGAAUGGAGACAAAGAUGGCAUUGAAUUAUAAGAGCAAAUCACAGAAACGAUCGGCAGUAGAGAAGUCUAUGAAUUCUUUUUUGAUUAUCUAUCUAAUAAUCCUCCUUGGUGAAGCUGUCUUAAGUACAAUACUGAAGUAUGCCUGGCAGUCUGAAGAGAAGUGGAAUGAACCUUGGUAUAACCAGCAAACUGAUCAUGAAAGAAACAGCAGUAAGAUCUUGAGAUUCAUUUCAGAUUUUCUUGCUUUCCUGGUACUUUACAACUUCAUUAUACCCAUUUCACUUUAUGUGACUGUGGAGAUGCAGAAAUUUCUUGGGUCUUUUUUUAUUGGUUGGGACCUUGAUCUCUAUCAUGAAGAAACAAAUGAAAAAGCUCAAGUAAAUACAUCAGACCUGAAUGAAGAACUGGGACAGGUGGAGUAUGUAUUUACAGAUAAAACUGGCACAUUGACAGAAAAUGUGAUGCAGUUUCGGGAAUGUUCCAUUAAUGGUCUCAAAUACCAAGAAAUCAAUGGCAGAUUAAUUCCCGAGGGAUUGAUAGAAGACUUUCCAGAUGGAGUACAGCCCAGUCUUAUACAUGAGGAAGAACUCUUCCUGAAAGCUCUUUGUCUCUGUCAUACAGUGCAGAUUAAUAAUGACCAAACUGAUGGCAUUUGUGACAGCCCGUGGCAUAGCAAUGGCCUACCAUCUGAACUGGAGUACUAUGCCUCGUCCCCAGAUGAAAAAGCUUUAGUUGAAGCUGCUCGCAGGGUUGGUGUUGUGUUUACUGGGGCAAAUGCAGAAAGCAUGGAGCUUAAAAGCUGUGGAAAGCCAGAAAGGUACAAAUUACUACACGUACUAGACUUCGAUGCCAACCGUAGGAGAAUGAGUGUGAUUGUAGAAAGUCCAUCAGGUGAAAAACUCUUAUUUACCAAAGGAGCAGAAUCUGUUAUUCUUCCUUCCAGUAAAAAUGGUGAGAUAGAAAAAACAAGACUCCAUGUGGAUGAAUUUGCAUUGAAAGGGCUGAGGACUCUUUGUGUAGCUUACAGAAAGUUCACAGAGGAGGAAUAUAAAGAAGUGGAGCAGCGUCUCUUUGAAGCAAAAACUGCCUUGCAGCAACGAGAAGAGCGAUUGGCAGAGGCAUAUAACUUUAUUGAGAAAGACUUGGAAUUACUUGGAGCUACAGGCGUCGAAGACAAGCUUCAAGAUAAAGUCCAGGAAACCAUAGAAGCUCUUCGAUUGGCAGGGAUUAAAGUGUGGGUGCUCACUGGAGACAAGCACGAAACGGCAGUAAGCGUUAGCUUAUCAUGCGGACACUUCCACAGAACCAUGAACAUCCUGGAACUAGUGCAGCACAAAUCAGACAGUACGUGUGCGGAGCAAUUGAGACAGCUCGCCAAGAGAAUAAAGGACGACCACGUAAUCCAGCACGGGCUGGUAGUGGAUGGGACCAGCCUCUCCCUCGCCCUCAGGCAACACGAGAAACUCUUCAUGGAGCUCUGCCGAAAUUGCUCUGCUGUGCUGUGCUGUCGCAUGGCUCCGCUGCAGAAGGCAAAGGUGGUACGGCUGCUGAAAACAUCUCCAGAGAAGCCUAUCACAUUAGCUAUCGGUGAUGGAGCUAAUGAUGUGAGCAUGAUACAAGAAGCUCAUGUUGGCAUAGGUAUCAUGGGCAAAGAAGGCAGACAAGCUGUAAGAAACAGCGACUAUGCAAUAGCAAGAUUUAAAUUCCUCUCCAAGUUACUUUUUGUCCAUGGCCACCUUUAUUAUAUUAGGAUAGCAACCCUUGUACAGUACUUUUUUUACAAGAAUGUGUGUUUUAUUACACCACAGUUUUUAUAUCAAUUCUUCUGCUUAUUUUCACAACAAACUCUGUAUGACAGUGUGUACCUGACUUUGUACAACAUUUGUUUCACUUCCCUGCCGGUCCUCAUGUAUAGUCUUUUUGAACAGCACGUGCAUCCUCAUGUAUUGCACAGCAAGCCAACUCUCUACCGAGACAUUAGUAAAAAUGCCCACUUGGGCUUUAAGCCUUUCCUCUACUGGACCUUCUUGGGAUUUUUUCAUGCAUUUGCUUUCUUCUUUGGCUCCUAUCUUCUGAUGGGAAAAGACACUUCAUUGUUAGGGAACGGCCAGAUGUUUGGGAAUUGGACCUUUGGUACUCUGGUCUUCACAGUUAUGGUUAUAACAGUUACAAUGAAGAUGGCAAUAGAGACUCACUUUUGGACUUGGAUAAAUCAUUUUGUUACUUGGGGGUCCAUUGGGUUUUACUUCAUCUUUUCCUUAUUCUAUGGCGGAAUAAUCUGGCCGUUUUUGCACACCCAAGACAUGUACUUCGUAUUUGUUCAGUUGCUGUCCAGCGGCUCUGCUUGGUUUGCCAUAAUCAUCAUAGUUGUCACUUGUUUAUUCCUUGACGUUGUGAAAAAAGUGUUGUACAGACACCUGCAGCCCACAAGUACAGAAAAAGUCCAGCUUACUAAGACAGGUCCAGGUGUCAACUGCCUGGAGUCCAUGUGUUGCUUCUCCGAUGGGGAGCCAGCCUGCACAUCUUUUAGAAGAAUGCUGGAGCGAAUAAUGGGACGAUGCAGCCCCACCCGAGUCAACAGGUGUGGAUUUUCUCUGAAAUGCCUUUGCUGCAGACAGUUCUCCUAUAAACUGGAACACGAUGAACCGACAACGAUAGAUGUCUAGUUUCCUAGAUGGGAAACCCAUCUUCCUAGGUUCAGUCUGGGAUCUUCAGAGGAGAUCCAAGUUUGUGCUUUGAAUGUGGGGGAAUGAGAGAUCGUGGCGUUUAACUGGUUGCUGUUGAAAAAAACAGUUGAAUGUUGUUGUUUUUUUAUUUUUGUUUGUUUUUGUUUUUUAAUGAUGCCGUUUUUUCCCUCUGAUCCUGCAACUGCUGUUGUGCCUUUAGUGGCUUUGGCGUUAUACGCUAUCUCAGGCUCCCCUGUUCUUUUCGAGCACCGGCCAGUGAUUCACAAGUGUGCUUUUUCUUGGCUCUCGAGCUCUCUGUGUGCAUCCUUUUUGCCUUUCUACUUAACGUGUGCAUUUCAGUCUGGUUUCUCCCGUUCCCUUAUACCAGGGGUCUCCAACCUUGGUCCCUUUAAGACUUGUGGACUUCAACUCCCAGAGUUCCUCAGCCAGCUUUGCUUUGCUGGCUGAGGGACUCUGGGAGUUGAAGUCCACAAGUCUUAAAGGGACCAAGGUUGGAGACCCCUGCUUAUACUGUAUGUCUUUUUUCCCCCUGAAAGUCAUUUCCCUUCCCUUUAGCUGCUUUGCCUUUUGAAUCGGAAGGCUUGUCCUGUCUUUGAUCACUAUGUGUCGCCCCUUCUAGACAGGCAACCAAGCUUCCUUCUAGCUCCCAAGGUUUGCGUUCUCUCCCCUGAAAUUUUCACUUCACGGGGGAGGGGGGAGGAAAGUUUGGUAGGUUUCCUCUUUUUCUUGUCCAUCGACUGAAAAUCAAUUACUUUUAACAAAAUGAAGCUCACAUCUGAGUAAAGAUAAUAAUCUAAAGCCACUCCAAAUUAUGAUUAAAGGUAGACCUUUAAAAAAAAAAACCUAACACAAAGCCAUUCAGAAAUAAAUGCUAAGCCUAUUUAUAUGUUUGCUAAUUUAUACAGGUCUUUUUUUUAAAAAAAUGUUGAAAAGAUCCUCAACAGGAAGAUCAAUGAGAACCAUUUCUUAAUUUACAGAAGGUUCUAUCUUAAAAAGAACACGUGAAAACUCUACGGAGAUGUUGUAGAAAGAGAAGGUUAGGAAAUCAAGUUUUUGGCCCAGUGUUUCUGUACGCUUGUUUAAAUGCCAGGUUACGAUUGUUUUCUUCUUUCCUCGAUGAUAUUAGCCACCAUCUUCAUCAGCUGAGAGCACAUUGUUCCAUCUUGGUCACAGCUAAACAGCAGUUUGAGUUGAGAUAAGAUGAGAUCAAGCGAAUGAUUAGGGUGAGAUUCCCGGUUUGUGUGAGACAGACGUAAACAAAGAAAAGGCGUGGAUGUCCUGCAGUCCUCUUUGGAUUGCAAAGAAAAGGAAGAUACCGCUUUCAAAAGAUCAAGAGAAACAUCUGAAGAUCCUACAGAAGUCCCACACAAGUUGGAAGUACGGCUACCAAGUCUCUAUGGCAACAAAGCCAGACAACCAUUGGAUGGCAUAAAGAAUUAGUUUUCUAUAUUUGUUUGCUGCUAUCUAUUGGUCAGCUGGAUGUUUGCAGUCCUCAUUGAAGGAUGCAGUAGCUUUUUACUAGUAGCUAGUUACUUUUUUAAAAAUGGUGGAAAACUUACUGUGGUGACUUCUAAAUUGUAAUUUUCAGUGCUCUGCUCUUCUGGAUGUUUCCUUCUCUUAUUGAAAUUUUUUUUAAAAAAAACAACAACAACCCAAUAUCCUCAAGUGUGUUAAUCCCUCUGCAAACCCCUUUUAAGUUUUUACUAAAGUGAUUAUUUUUUUCCUUCAUAAAAUGGGAACUGUUACAAGCCGGGUUUAAACAAAAAAAUAGUCACCUGUCUCUCUUUGGAAAGAAAGAAGGCAAGAUGUUUAAAAUAAAAUAUUUCCUAGAGAUUUUUAAAACAGGAGCAGUAUCCGAUUGAUGUAACAUUAGCCUUUUCUCUCCCCUGGGGUAAUGAUUUCUGAUAAAAGUGUAUUUGCACUUCUGGGAUAUUCUCUACCAAUAAAAUGCCUACCUGCCACUAUUAUGUUGGAGUUCAUAUGGAAUGAGGCCUUGUCAGUGUCAGGGCUGCCUGGCAGGAGACUAUACAGUGUGUCUCUGUAAUUCACUAUGCAGAGACAUUUUGAACUCCUUCCUCUGCAAGUGUUAGGAUGACUUCAACCCAGAGGCGUCCACGUUGCACGCCAAACACAGAGCCUUGAUCAAACCAUCAUGGUUGCUGCCUGUUCUGACCUAGGCUUCCCAAGAGCAUGAAGCAGACUCCUUCUCUCGACAAAAACCCCUUUUUAUUAAGUUACUGUGAAUUCCUCAUUCACAUCCAGCAAAGUCUUUCAAGGGAGAAUUUACAAUCGCAGACUUUAUCUGGCUUAGAGGGCUGCCAGGCCGAUAUCUUCAAAACUUGGCAAGAAGUCGCUGAGAGUCAUGAACCAAUUAAGCAAACUAAUUGUCUCCUGCAAACUCCACUCCCCUUUUGCUCUUCUUUAUUCCCUAUGGAAUUCACCAUCCACCUGUGGCUUUACUCCUGAGUUGACCCUUCUUCCUUAGCUGUUCCCUUCUCCUGGCAGCUCUGCGCAUGUGCACACUGGGAACUGGCUCCAGCUGUUCUUCUGCCCCACUUAUCUCCGACUCCGAAGGUAGCUGAUAACUGUCAGACGGCCCUGGCCCCAUCUCUUGCCUCUGACGUAGAGCAUUCAUCAGAGCCUUCCCCAGAUUCCAGGACUGGCCCAUGUUCCUCCCCAACCUCCUCACUGUCUGUCACCAGCUUCACUGGCCGCUGGCGGGCCACAACAUUGUCUUUACUUUUUAACCAGCCUCUGUGGAUAUUCCUGUUUCAUCCCCAUGGUCAAAGAGAGCAACCUUGAUUGCACCAGAAUUUUCAUAUCAAGCUCUUUCAUGUCCACCUUUUAAAAUGAUUGUCAUCCACCUUACAUGGGAGAGAGUUAUGUUUGUCAUCACCAUUGGGUUGUAUGCAUGCCACACAUGUAUCCCAUUCAGACAAAAACACAGCAGAUUCAUCCUCAUUAUAUGCUAAGUUUGGUUAGAGUAACCCCAGCUAGCCUUUUUCUCUGGUUUAAGCAUAGCGUGCUAAAGACUGUGAUGGGACAUGAGAUAGUGCAAAUCCGCAAAAAAAGCAUUUUAAUUAGUUAAUGAUGGUAAACGUGCAGUCUGAACGCAGCCUUGGGUUGAAAAUUGAUGUUAAUUUGGAGAGGUUUACUCCUAUCUCAUUAGCCCCAUCUUCAGUCGUAUGACAAUGUGAUGCUACAUUGUUGGAAAUGAAACAAGUGUUAUAUUCAGAGGUCUGUGUUAUCUUGUACGUUGAGGGUUUAAUAUAAAAUGUCACUGAGAGAGAAGCUCACAAGUCCUAGCUAUGGUUCUGGCAAAAGGUAGGUAUCGCCAGCUUCAAAAUCAACCGUGAAUAAAUACAUCUUGUGAUUAUUAUUUUUUUUUAAUGUUUUUCUGUUUUCUGUAUCUUAACAAAUACAAGGAUAUGAUUUGACUCUCAUGUUUGAUAGAAGAUGAAGUACUCCUCCCUCAUCCAAUCUGCAUGCUGAUAUGUGGAAGACAGAUUGCCAAAAUAGUACUUUGAAAUUCUGCCGGGUUUUCUCCCAAUUGGAACAAGCUCCUAAAUUGUCGUUAAUUUAUAUUUUAAAAUACAAGAUUUAAAACUGUACUGCCUUCCAGGCACUUUGAAUGGGAUCUAAACUAAACUGAUUCAUUUCAUAAGGCAACAAUUGAUCUUACUUGAAUAGAACUUGAUUCAUUAAAAUCAAGGAUUUAACAGUAGUGACAAUCUGGGAUAGUACAGUCAUUUCACAGAUUUGGUCGGGACCAAAAUUAUUCGGACAUACGACCCUUCCGUAUUUAGUUUCCUACCUAAGCAAAAUGCUAAGAAAUGCACGUUUUCAAGGUACAAAACUCUCACACACUUCGUAACCAUUCCUUAUGAGCAGGCAGAGUUACAAAGUGAACUUAGCCUUGUUUUUUGACUUGAGAAUGUAUUAGUCACAUUUCUUGCAAUAGCAGCUGACCUUAAAAAUAUUUCCACAGUGGCUUACAGAAAUGAUCCAUGAUGCUUUACAGAAAUGACCCAAAUAAAAUGUGAUAAUUAGUAGUAUAGGUGGAACAAGGUUUACUUCAUCUGUGCGGCAUUAGACAACCCUCCACAUCUGGCUUUGUGGAGAUGAUGGACCUCAGUUGAAGCCCAUUAACAUACCCUCCACGUCUCAGGUAAAGAGUCCAAGACUCAUAGCCAGUUGGCAGGUGUACCAUACCCCAAUACCCUACACAUCUAAACUGAUUUCUGUGGUCUUUAACCAACUAUUAGGGAAAGUUGCGUUACCAACCAAAUCAUCUUUGUACUUAAUAUUCUGUCAAAUAUGAGGAUCAGAGUAUGAAAUCAAAUCUAUUGAAUAAUUUGGAUGAGUGAUCUCAUAUUUCAUCUAAUUGUGUGCUUAAAUGCUUGGAGUAUAAAGGAAAGAGAUACGGUACCUAAUCUCUUGAACAGAAUGAAUAUUUUAAUUAAAUCAAUUAACAGAGCCUUAGAGCCAUUUCUUGUUUUCGUUGUGCACAGUUUUCUUCAAAUCAUCAAAAACCUGUUCUUCAUUUCUCUUCCAUUCAACUGUUGCUUGCAUUGAUUGCUCCAAAUCCAAUGUUGUGUUAUUAAACAUAUCCACUUGCA